AUGAAUCAUGAUUAUAUAGGAGCUAUAAAAAUUAAGGAUGGUGUAUUUUUAGGGGAUCAAUUUGCAUCUUAAGUAUAUCUUUAAAAUUUUAUAAGGAUUUGGAAUUUAUUGUCACAAAUAAAGUAUCAAGAAUAAUAAAUUGUGCAUCAAAAUAGAUUUCAAAUCAUUGGGAAUCAAUUGGAAUUAUAUAUUUGUCAUUACCAUGGGUAGAUAAUGAUCAAUAAGUAUUUUAAAAUAUAUAUUAGAUUAUUUUUUAAUCAGAUGAAAGUAUAAAUAUUGCAAUAAAAUUCAUUGAUGAUGCUGUAAUAAAUGGGGAAAGUGUUAUUGUUCUAUCAGCAAAAGGACAUAAUAGAUCAGUGGCAGUUUUAUGUGUUUAUUUAAUGAAGAAAUAUAGAUGGACUCUUUAUAAGACUUUAUAAUUUAUGCAUAAUAGAAGACCAGAUCUAGAAAUCAAAGCUCAUUUUUUUAAUUAACUUUUAUCUAUAGAAACUCGAUUAUAGAAAUUAGGAUAUGGAGCAAAGACAUUUAAUUGGGAUGAAAUAUAUACUUAAGGAGAUAAUGAUGAAAUAAUCUUAAGGAAUACUUAUUUAAAUUCUUAGGCUUAGGGUGUUGCAGAAUUUAAGGAUCACGAUUCUAAACCAAAAGAAUACAAGUUAUUUUUAUAUUAUAAUUAGAUUAACAUUUGCUGAUAAAAUUACAAUGUAAAUACCUCCUUAUGAUAAAAUUAUAUUCUCAAAAAGUAAAACAACAUCUAAAGUUAUUAAACCUAUAAUAAAGGAGUCUGGUUCUUCGAAAUAAAUUGACUCUACAUUUCAAUUUCCAUAGAAGUAACAAUAAUAAAAACUAAAUUACGAAUAGAGUACAAAUAUUUAUGAUAAAUUAUCUCAAAAAUAAAAAUAAAUUGAAUAACCAAUAUAAAGUCCCUUGUAAAUAUCUCCUAUUUAACCAUAAAGACCAUCAUCUGUAUAAUAAAGUUGUAAAUAUAUUCCAAUAAUGUAGAACAUCAUAAAGUUUAAUCAAAUAAUUAUAUGGAUUCUAGAGAUCAGUUUUAUUAAAAAUCAUAAUAAUAAAAUUAACUUGCAAUUACUGGUACACGUCGUCCUCAAACAGCUCCAAAUUAGUUAAAGGCUCCUAGAGUUUAAACGACUCCUUAUAAAGGAAAUACAAGCUAAGGUUAUAAAUAUGAAAUAGGUGUAUAACCUAAUUCUUAAUUUAAACCAAUGAAAAAAAGAGCAUAAUCUCCAAAGGCAGUUUAUAAUAUUACAAAUCCAUAUGUAUAAAGAGAAUUUAAAGCUAAAACAUGGAAAAAAUGA